AUGUCCCUGUUCCCUCCUAUCCUACUCUUUCUCACCCCACCUCCCGCUGUCAGGUCGAACGGGUCCACAAGGCAACAGGCGUCGUGCAGAGAAUCGCGGGAAGAACCGUCCAGUCACCCUGUCUCCAUGUCCUUCCCGCCUCCCACCUGCGCGACUCUGUCUCACUCUACCUCCCGCUGUCAGGUCGAGCGAGUGCAGACGGCAACGGGCGUGGUGCAGGUGACGGUGUGCGGCGAUCGCGGCAACCCGCCGCUGAUCACCUAUCACGUCGUCGGGCUCAAUCACUCCACGUGCUUCCAAGGCCUCAUGCUCUGUGCGGACACAUCCGCGUUGCUUCUACGAAACUUCUGCAUAUUCCACGUCGACGCGCCGGGUCACGAGGAGGACGCGGAGGAGAUCCCCUCGUCGCGCCCGCUGCUCUCCGCGGACGAUCUGGCGGAGCAGGUGGCGGAGGUGGCGCGGCACUUUGCGCUCGCUGAUGUCACGCUCAUGGGCGUCACUGCGGGCGCCUACGUCCUCACGCUCUUCGCUCUAUCUCACGGCCAUCUGGUGCGCGGACUCAUUCUCGUAUCUCCUCUGCUCUCGCCGCCCUCCUGGUCUGAGUGGGCGCACAACAAGGUGACCAUGAGUGUGCUCUCCUAUUACGGCAUGACGUCAUACAUCAAGGACUCGCUCUUCGACCGCUAUUUCUGCCCCGCCACGUCAGGCUUCCACGGACCUGCGUCAGAUGCGCUCAUGUCCUUCCGCAGGGAGCUGGACUAUCACGAGCCUGAGAAUCUCAUGCGUUAUUUCUACGCCAUCCAGAGCCGCAACAACCUGCUCCCUGCACUGGCGGCGCUGCAGGUGCCAGUGCUACUGGCCGUGGGUGACUCGUCCCCCUUCAACCCCCUCGCUCGCUCCGCCUUCCACCACCUCUAUGCCAAGGCUCCUCUGUUUUCACCUGGCGCCUCUUCUUGCUCCUCCUCAACCGCAUCUCUCACGCUCUCCACCUCUUCCUCGCCCUCUCGCCCUCACUCUCGCUCUGAAUCUCACUCUUACUUUUUAUCUGAGGAGGCAGAAAAGGGGGUGGAGGAUAGGGAAGAGGAGGGUGAGAGGGAUGCGAGAGGCACGGGUGGGUUGGUGGCCGUGGCUGAGUGUGACAGGAUGGGAGGAAGGAGGAUGUGGGAAGGGGGGGUAAGACGAGGGCAGAUGGGGAGUGAAGAUGCUGCUACGUUGGCUGUGGACGGGGAGAGGGAUGGAGGCAGGGAGGAGAGGCGGGCAGGGAUAGAGGAGCGGGAAUGGGAGAAUGGGAGUGCGAGUGAGCAGUGGAGAGAGAGAGGGGAGGAUAGCAGCACGUGUGCAAGUGAAGAGGGCAGCAGUGGAAGGCGCGAAAGGAAAGGGGGCAGUGGCAGCAACAGGUGCGAGAGAGAAGUAACCAGCAGGAGCAGCAGCAGCAGCAGCAGCAGCAUGUGCGAGAGUGUAGGGAGCAGCAGCAGCAGGUGUGUGGUGUGGGUGGAGGUGGAGGCGUGUGGGUCGCUGGUGACAGAGGAGCGCCCCCACACGCUCCUCCCUGCCCUCUGCCACUUCAUCUCACAGCUCCGCCCAGCAGCCAGCCACCAAUGGACCUGUUGCCAGUGCGCAGGGGAGGAAGGGGCGGAGAGGAGUGGCUACGGGAGGGAGUGGGCGGUGGGGCGUGUGGAGGAAGGGUCGAGUUCGGGAUGGGUGGAUGGGUUGGCAGAGGGAAGGGUGCAUGUGGGAGGGGCAGAGCAGGGUCAGCGGCAAUGGCAGGAUCAAGAGCAGUGGCAUAAACUCGUGAACGCACAGCCGCAAGAGCAGCAGCAGCAGCAGCAGCAGCAGCAGCAGCAGCAGCAGCAGCAGCAGCAGCAGCAGCAGCAGCAGCAGCAGCAAGAGCAGCAGAUGCAGAGGCAAGCUGUUGCGCUGCCAUUGUCAACAUCAAGUUCCCACCUCCCCUCUCCCUCCUCCAUCCCGCCCCUCAUCUCCCCGUCCUCCUCCUCUCCCUCCACCUCCACCCCCUCGCGUACCACCCCCUCCCUCUGCACGCCCUUCUGGACACCUGCGUGCACCCCAGCUGCUUUGUCGCCUGCCUUCACACCAGCUGCUGUGUCACCUGUGUGCAUUCCUGCUCCUGCGCUCACCCACCCACCCAUGGAGCACUGCAGCAGCAGCAGCAAGUGCAUUCCAGCAACAGCUGGGGCGGUUGUGAGGGGCUUUGGGCAGCAGGCGUGUGCGAGGGAGUGUGAGAUGAAUGUAUCGCAGGUGCGGCAGCGGGAGUUGGAGCAAGGGAGGGAUUGGGAGAGGGGGAAAGAGCAGAUGUAUCUGGAGGUGGAGAGGAGGAGGCUGCAGCCGGUGCGCACCAGUGGUGAGGGAAGGAGGUUUGGGGAGCAGGAGGCACAGUGGGCAGGGUUUGAACAAGUGUGUGGGUCGCCCACAAGCUGA